AUGGACCUCGCCGGGCUCCUGCUGGACGAGGAAGGCACCUUCUCCCUCACCGGCUUCCAGGACUUCUCGUUCCUUCCAGGACACCAGAAGCUGAAUGCCAGGAUCCGGAGAAGACUCUACUAUGGCUGGGACUGGGAAGCUGACUGUAGUUUGGAAGAGCUCUCCAGCCCCAUGGCAGACAUUGCUGUGGAAUUGCUCCAGAAGGCAGCCCCCAGCCCUAUCCGCCGACUCCAGAAGAAAUAUGUAGCCCACGUGUCCCGGGAGGCAUGCAUCUCCCCGUGUGCUAUGAUGCUAGCUCUGGUGUACAUUGAACGGCUCCGGCACCGAAACCCGGACUACCUACAGCAUGUGUCCUCCUCCGACUUGUUCCUGAUCUCCAUGAUGGUGGCUAGUAAGUACCUCUAUGAUGAAGGGGAGGAGGAGGAGGUCUUCAAUGACGAAUGGGGAGCUGCAGGGGGUGUGGCUGUGCCCACUCUCAAUGCCCUGGAGAGGGGCUUCCUGAGUGCCAUGGAUUGGCGUCUCUACACUGACCCUCGGGAGAUAUUUGAGGUGCUGAGCUGGUUAGAGAGCUGUGUGGCUGAGCAUCAGGGACGACGACGGGGCUGGUACACCUACACAGACCUGUGUGUGCUGCUGGAGCAGCCAGCCUGGCAGCUGGCCCUGGGCUCCCUCUGCCACCAGCUGGCAAAGCUGUCCUGCCUGUUAGCGGUAGCAUAUGUGAGCAGUGUGGCCCUGGCUGUGGCUUCCGUGGCUGUGAUACACCAGUCUUUGGGGCUGUCCUGCAGCCUGCCACCCGGCCCCCCGGACCUUGGACUGGCUUCCAAAGGCCUCUUGGAACCCUGCAUACCUUCUCCUGUGCCACAGUGCCUGCCGUCUCCUGCUAAUGUCUCCAGCUUCCUGGAAGGCGACGUAGGGCUGCGUUCACUCUGGGGCAGUCUUCUGGCCUCGCUGACCCCGCCGCCAUUGCCUCCCCCAGACCCUCCUGCCCCUCCCACUCUUCUCCAUAACUGUCCCUUUUGCCAGAAGCUCCAGAAAGACUCACCAACCUGCCAUGCCUGCCACCGUCCCAACCAUACGGGGCCGCCAAGCCCCUGGUACCAUUCCCAUGGCCUGGCUCCACCCUGGCCCUGGAGCCCAAUGCCUUCUCUGCUCCCACAGCCCCAGCAGUGUUCCAUUUUCAGCAUCAUGGAGCUGGCCCGCCUCAAGUCUUUCAUUUUCCCGGGCUAG